AACAUAAUACGACACCGCUAGAUGGCGGUGUGUCAAGUGAUUCGUACAGUUUAUAGUUUACCAGUGUGUAUCGUUUCUCUUGAUCUUGAGGCAAGUUGUGAUUUUCGUACGCAAUUUUGUGGUCUGUUGCUUUGAGUGAGUAUCUCACGGCGAGCAGAGAGGUUUGAUUCACAUGUGAAAAAGAGAUAAAUCCGUAAAUCCCGUUGUCGUCGCCGUUGACAGCGACGACACACGACGAAGACGACCGUGGGAAAACUCGAAAAUGUUCCCACGCUCCUGCUGCGCAAGUGUGCGUGACACGUACGUGUGAAAUUCCACCGUGAGGCUGCGUGGAAGGGUGAGAGUGUGGGAUCCUGAGAGCGGUGGUGGCGGAGGAAAGGAUGAGUGCUCAGGGGCAAGAGCAUGGGCACGCGGUGGUCGUGUGGGAGUGGGAGAACCGUCACGGACGGUGGCGACCGUACAGUCCAGCUGUGUCGCAACAUCUUGAGCGGGCCCAUUGCAAGAAGCUUACCCGUGUCUUCCUUCACGAUGCAGAUCCCACCCUCGACAGGAACCGAUGUUAUUACAUUAGAUAUUAUAUAAAUCUCAAAACCAAGACACAAUGCAGCGACGAUGGCGACGAGACAUACAAUGUAAGGAGGAAGUUUUACCUGCCAGGCUCACCAGCUGGCAAAGGUGCCAAGUGGGAGUGGGCAGGUGACUCGGAUGAUUGGCACACUUAUGAUAUGGAAGUGCAAUGUCUAAUAGAAGAAGCUUGGGCGAGAGGUGAGAAGACCAUCGAUGUGUCCAAGACUUAUCUGGGUUUCCCUUAUAUUAUCAACUUCUGUAAUCUGACCCAAGUGAGGUGUUGUACUGGCUAUGUAAGGCCCAUACGACGCAUACAGCAAGCACCUUAUCCUCUAGUCAAAGUUGCUCUGGAGGAACUGCAAAUCACUUCUGGCGGUAGGAGAUCCACGUCGGUUACUGUUAAAAGUUCAACUGUUAAAGUCACGCAUAAGAAAUCGUCCAGUGGAAGCACAAAGAAGGGUAGCAAAAAGGGUAAAAACGGAGAGAACGGACCGUCGAACAUUGCGCGCGUUAUCUUGAGCAACUUCAACAUUUUUGGCAAUAAACAUGGAAUCGAGAAUAACAAUCCGACGAACGUGGAGUCCGGUCAAAAGAGAAAAACCUGGGACGCAGUCUUGGAUGUAGAUUCCAGUAGCACCAAGAGUGGUCGCAGGCCAAGUGUAGACACCGUGUCGACGUAUCUGAGUCACGAGAAUCCGGUGGAUUUGCUGGACAGCAGCGUGGGAAGCGACGACGCGUUCAAAGAUCCUGUUCUCGGAGUGGACGUUGCGUCAGACGUGAUAUCUCAGUACGUGAAAGUAGUCGAGAGCGACGGCUCCGACUCGUGUCCGGUGUGCUUAGGCGCUCCCGAGCCACUGACGGUAGAACUGACGCGAUGCAGGCACAGAUUACACUUGGCGUGUCUGAACGCGAUGCUCAGCUGUCAGCAGCCUCCCAUGUACAUACAGUGCCCGGUCUGCCGUAUGAUCUACGGCGAGAAAAGAGGCAAUCAACCACCCGGAUCGAUGAACUGGACGCGGAUACCGCGUGCGUUGCCGGGUUUCCCGAACAGCAAUACUAUACAAAUUACUUAUGACAUUCCAUCCGGGAUUCAAACUAACGAGCAUCCUAAUCCUGGCCAGGCUUACUACGCAGUGGGCUUUCCACGAGUGUGUUACCUGCCGGAUAACAGUCUCGGUCGUCGAGUGUUGAGAUUGCUGCAGAUCGCGUUUGAGCGCAGGUUGAUUUUCACGAUCGGCCGAUCGGUGACCACUGGCCGCGAGGACGUCGUCACCUGGAACGAGAUCCAUCAUAAGACUGAAUUAGGCCCGUCUACUUCCGGCCAUGGUUACCCCGAUAUGAGUUACCUCGAAAGAACGCUCGCAGAACUGGCGGCGCAGGGUGUGACUGACGGACAGUCGCAAUAUCAACAAUUGCANCCCCCCCCCCCCUCCUUCAUCUUGCAUUAUUCUUGUGAUUAA